UAUUAUCGUCACAGAUGUGGUGUUCGUAUAAAGCCACUGUAAUGCGAUGCAUGUCAAGCUGUUGCGGAGUUGUUCGAAGAGAGCGUCUCCAGCUUAACGCCCCCUAAUAAUGACAUUAAAAAACACAGUAUAUAAUUUAUAAGACAGUAUACGUGUAUGACAGCGAGUUCCAGGUCAAAGAUACAACUAAUGAUCGGGCUGCUUCUCGAGGACGAGGGCAGUAGUAUCCGGGCGGCUACACAAAACACGUCCAAGUACCCUCAUAUGAGCCGUCUACUUCCGCAGGGCCCUAAAUUCUUAGACUUCGAUCUCAUUCGAGAUUGGCUCGCCCGCUGCGAAGGUCAACACGCUCAUUGUCAAGAGCGAUCAGCAUUAGAGAGCGAUAUAUCCAAGGAGGGUCUUCUUGUAAUCGAUGUUCUGCUCAGAUGCAUCGUCCCCGCGUCCAGGAAAUGUCGCUGCAUAGCCUUGAGUUAUGUCUGGGGGAAACGCCCCGCAGGUACAGCUCAGAAGAGAUAAGCCGACUGAGCUAUCUUGCGAGGCAGGUCCCUCUAAUCCAUGCAUUGCUGCAAAAAUUCACGAU